AUGGGACGAGGAGGCCGGAGUCGAGGGGACCCAGACGCAGCCCGGCGGAGAGCCGCCCCCAGCUGCAGUGCGGAGGCUGCGGCCGGCGGCAGAGGCUCCUCCUGCUCCCACUCCGGGGACCCUCGGCCGCUUCCGGGCCCGGAGCCCCUCGCCCUGGCUUCCCGCGCACAUUCCUGCGCCCCCGCUCGUGCAGGGGGGCGGCCCGGGCCCGUGGGAAGGGCCGGGGGCCGCGUGCCAGGGAGGCGGAGCAGGGAGGGCGCACAGCUGGGUCACAUCUGUCCCGAGCGCAUUAGGACCAAAUGGGACAGAAGGCCGCCUUUCAUCCUGAAAGGAAAGGGGGAGGCCUUAAGUUUCUCCUGGCUGUAUGGCGCCCGACGUUUUCGGGACCAAGCCCCACCCCACACCCCGUGCAGGGGGAGUGGGGUGCAUGUGCUUUCUCGCUGGACACUCGGGGCGGCCCCACCUGCGGCACAGGUGGCGAACACACCUCCAGCUCCAGCUCAUACCAAUGGAUCGGCCGCGGCCGCCCCAAGGGGUAGGAAGCCAGUCGCGGGAGAGGAAGUGCGCGCCUGCGGGGCGUCGGAGCCCGGAGCUCGAGUCCCAGCACCCGGGUCACCAGGCCCAGGGCGCGCCCCGCCGCGUGCAGCCGCGGCCGGCGUUAGCAGCCUGGGUGCCUUCCUCCCCACCCCGCCCCGCAUUCAGCGCAUCCGGUGCAGCGGAGACCGAGCCCCACGCCCCUCGGAGGUCCGCCGGGAGACGACCCGGCGGGGCGGGGCGUGCACGGGCGCAAAGGGGGCGGGGCCCUGGACCCCCCGGCGGGCCGUUCCCAGCCCCCCGCCGCGGCCCCCACGUGGGCGCUGCCGGGCUGGGAAGCAAUUCCGACGCCACGCCCACGGGGGGGGUGCCGCCCUCAGCGAGGAGCCAAUGAGCGCCUGGGGGCGUGGCCAGCGGGGAGGUUUAAGAGCGCCGAGCGCGGGCGGCGCGCAGCGCAGCUGGACCGGUCCACAGCCCGGGGGCGCGCCCCGAGCCGCCGACGGACAGCCGCGGCCCCCGGCCGAGCCGCUGACGCCCCGAGACGUCUUCAUCGCGGUCAAGACCACCCGAAAGUUUCACCGCGCGCGCCUCGAUCUGCUGCUGGAGACCUGGAUCUCGCGCCACAAGGAGAUGACAUUCAUUUUCACGGAUGGGGAUGAUGAAGAGCUGGCCAGGCACACGGGCAACGUGGUCAACACGAACUGCUCAGCCGCGCACAGCCGCCAGGCUCUGUCCUGCAAGAUGGCUGUGGAGUAUGACCGCUUCAUCCAGUCGGGGAGGAAAUGGUUCUGCCACGUGGAUGAUGACAACUACGUGAACCUGCGGGCCCUGCUGCGGCUACUGGCCAGCUUCCCGCACACCCAGGACGUGUACAUCGGCAAGCCCAGCCUGGACCGGCCCAUCCAGGCCACUGAGAGGGUCAGCGAGAACAAGGUGCGUCCUGUCCACUUCUGGUUUGCCACCGGCGGGGCUGGCUUCUGCAUCAGCCGAGGGCUGGCUUUGAAGAUGAGUCCCUGGGCCAGCGGCGGCCACUUCCUGAGCACAGCAGAGCGGAUCCGGCUUCCAGAUGACUGCACCAUUGGCUACAUCGUGGAGGCCCUAUUGGGCGUGCCCCUCCUCCGCAGCGGCCUCUUCCACUCCCACCUCGAGAACCUUCAGCAGGUGCCCACCUCGGAGCUCCAUGAGCAGGUGACGCUGAGCUAUGGCAUGUUUGAAAACAAGCGCAACGCUGUCCAUGUGAAAGGACCCUUCUCUGUGGAGGCCGACCCGUCUAGGUUCCGCUCCGUCCACUGCCGCCUGUACCCGGAUACACCCUGGUGUCCACGCAACACUGUCUUUUAGAAGCCAUGGCUGAGGCCCCAUCCCUGGGCACCCCUGGUAUCCAAAGGGCCCGGGGACCCAGGUCAUGCACCCUGGCCUUGGCAUUCAAGGCUCCCUGGGGCUGGGCCCGUGUGUGCCCACCCGCAGCUGACUGCUGGGCAGUCACGCCGGGUGAGGAGGGAGGGCAGGAUUGCCCUUGUGCGCUUGUGCAUGCUGGGCCAGCUGUGAAGUGGGGACUUUGGUAGUGAGGGGCUUGGGGGCCCUUCUGCAGGGGUGCACUCUGGUCCCAUCUGGAUCCCAGAGCUGUCAGUGACAGCUCUGCCCACUUCCAGGCCCAGAGCCUCGCGGUGACCCUCCAGCCUGCCAGCCGGGCUCCCCUCCCAGCCACCCUGUGUGUGUGGGAAGGGUCUUCCCGGCCCCCCACCCCCAGGUCCUGCCUUUGUCUCCCCCACAGUGGCGGGGGUGGCAGAGCCGAGCGUAGUGUCUCCUCUCCGAAGCAGAGGAGAGUUGCCCAUAGUGGGCGUGGCUGUACAUACUGUGACAGUAUUUUUUUACUGUGCUGGGUUUUUUGUUUUUGUUCUUCUUUGGCAAGGGGGAGGAUAAAAGGGUUGGGGUGGGGUGUUUG